GCGCGCCGCUCGCGAGCAUCAGCUGCGGAAGCGAGUGGUCGCUCAGUGCGCAGCAGCGGCGUCUCCGGAAUCAAGGAUCCAGAGGCAGGAACUACAAGCCUCAUCGGAGCAGAUGGGGCGGGAAGAGGCGACGCGGUGCAUGAUGAGGACGGAUCCUCGAGUUCCGAGGAGGAGGCCGCACCCAACUACUUCAACGAGAUGUUGGCGGACGUGAAGGGCAUUGCCGAAGACGACGACUCGGGUGCGGACAGCGACGUGAUCGUGGACCAGCAGACGGCGAUCGAGGACCGCGCGCGGUACGACUUGGCGGAGUUAGAGGAUGGAUUCGAGCGUGCUGAAAUGCCUACCUUUUUCUUUGCGUUGUCCGAGGCUGCGUUCAACUUCCUCCAGGAACACGAUCCGGACCUUCUGGACCGCAUUCAAAGACGGAUUGUGGUCUACGGAAAAGUGAGCCCGGCAGGUAAGGUCGCGGUCGUGCGUUCUCUUCAACGCUCGGGCUACAUCGUUGGUAUGUGCGGGGACGGUGGGAACGACUGCGCCGCAUUGCGCGCCGCCCAUGCUGGCAUGGCAUUGUCAGAAGGUGACGCGUCCAUUGUGGCAGCGUUCGCGACGCCGCGCAAGAGCCUCUUCGGAGUAGUGGAGCUCAUUCGCCAGGGCCGUUGUUGCCUAAGAAUAUCUACAGCGUUGUUCGAAUUCAACGUUGUGGUGGGUGCUGUUGUCACAGUCACACUGCUAGUGAACCUGUACGCGAAAGCAUCGUACGCCGACGUGUGCAAAGUCGGAAGCGAUCAGUUUCCUUUCGUAUGCGGAAUUGUUCUGGCAUUUGGCAUUCCGCCUGUCCACGGCGGACUUAUGACCGCCUUCUCAAGCAAGAGCAAGAAAUCAGACGCGGCUGAAGACCAAAAUGGCGGUCGUGAAGAUGGCAGCGAGCCCAGUACGACGUCGCUCGCGCCGAGUAGGGUCUCCUCCUCCGCAGCUGUGAAUGAAACUUCAGGUGCGCAACAAGACCAGUCCAGGACGCCGCUCAUGGCUGGAGUGCCAGACACAUUGGCGGAAAGCUCCGGCAUUCGAGCUCGUCGGGGUACGGCGGAUACCGCGCUUUUGAGACGAUCAACUAGAAAUAUACUGAUGCUCUCCGACGCGGAUGAAGAAGGCGGAGCGACGAAGGAGGAACUAGCCGAAGCAGCGGAGGACGAAGCGGCACAGGACGCAGCUGGUCGGUGCUGUGGUUGCUGCGUCUGCUCCCGUCGCGAAAAGUGGAAACCGCGUGCAGACCGCAAUGGUCAUUGGGGCAUGCUGAGUGCCAGCCGACCCAGUGGCACACUGGCACAGAAAACUCGGGUUUUGACGGUAAAAAUAGGAUUCCUUUUUUAGUGCACAUACUCAUGCAUUUACAUAUGCGAUUCAAGUAGAACUUUUGUAGCAGGUACUAUUUAGAUUUUGAUUUUCUUUGGUGAAGAUGCUGCAUAUAGCCGCCGGCCAGCACGAUCACCUACUUCAUUUCAAACAUACUUUCCAAGUGCUGAGAGGAUGUUGCCUGCUGAACAUUAUGAUGAUUCCACAACAGUUACACCUUUUACCUCAUCUACUUCUACAAGUGAAUCAAGACGGACGUCAGGAACAAACUCAUAACGCUUAUUUCUCUUCUUUUUGUAACUCUUUGUGAAACUACUGCAUAGAUGACUCAGACCGUGGGUUCUUGCACAAUAAAUUACAGAUUCUGAUUUGCAUUUUUUGGACUGUGACGUUCUCGAUGAUCUUGGUGUCCUGGAUUAGAUCGCAGAGAAAGUCAGAGAAUGGAACAGGCUGGUACCGCUGGGCAGAUCCGGUGAUGCUCAACACGUUCAAGAGCACGAAUAAGUCUGAGGGAGCGGGAAAUUACAUGACCUCGUUGCUGGUAUGGACUUUUCUCUUCAGUCUCCUCAUGCUCCUACUCAGUGUUGCACGUGAUGGCAGAUGGCGGACACGGAUCUGGAACAACACCAUGCUCAUCUUCCCCUUCGUUUUCCUCGCCAUCUUCUUCUUCUGGCCGUUCUUCACAGCCAACUCGUAUUUUCUAUUUUUGAAAAAAAAAAUACGCUAAAUAGAUCCAUAGGUCUACUAGGGCUUAGGGUUUGCUUUCAAUCCAUAUUGGUAUUGCUUUUUGUAUUGACUUCAGUUUUAGUUUUGGAAGAAGUUACUGAUCAUUUGAUGAAUAUGAAAAUGAACGAAGGCAGGUCUUCGGUGAAGGACUUUCUUAUUCAUAUUCACCUUCUUGAGGCUGCGCCGUCAAGCGACAAAAUUAUAAUCAGAAACAGAAUGUGUAAGUGUAUGAUGAAAAAACCUCUUCCAUAUUUCGUCGAUCAGGCUUUGGCACUGCGUGUUGCGUCUCAACGUGGACAACAUUCAUGCGUGGUAUUACUCCGACUUCAAAGCGUAUUACGUUUUUCGGUUCUUCCAGAACACGUGGAACGAGGUGAAUGGAUCCGGGUUCUGGUUUGCCCGACCAGUGGAGGAGAAAGAAGCAACGGAUGCCGCAUCGCGGUACAGAAUUUCUGCUCCGGAGGACCUGCUGUGGCGUGGACAGUGGAGUAGCGUCGGCAACAGCAUCGCGCAAGCGCAGAGGUCGCCGCGCCAGCGACCGCAUCCGUCUCUAGAAGUGACGGAAAAGCUGGCGAUCGAUGUGAAGCGGGGAAUACCCGCAGCCCUUGGAGCAUUGCGGCAGGUGAUGUGGGAGGAUUUUGCGGACGAUCCUCAGCCUGGAGAGCAGGCCGUACUCAAGUCCAAGGCACCGGCUGACUUCGUUCCGAAUGUGCGGAUGGAAAUCGUCACUUAUCGGACGAUGACGCGGAUGAUGCAAGUGGAUCAGCGACGACCGGCUGGGAAGGCCGCUGCUGCGGGAGCGAAAGCCACGACUGCCCCCGCUGACCCGUCUUCAGUGGGCAGCAGCGACUUCGAUCCGCUGGGGGUGCGUAUCUACUUGGACGGCUUUGUUUCGCACCAACAGGUCGCCAGAAAAGUUCGCAGCGCCAGCGCGACACAGCAGCAAGAAGCAGCUGCUCAGCAAAACGGGCAGGUUCAACCAAACGCGAAAGCGCCGUCCUCGGUGAGCUCCGCACUUGAGCAAGAGCGACUGCUCGACCUUCGAUCAUGGUUGUGUCAACGACUUUGCGCUCAUACGUGGAGUUGGCGGAAUUAUCCAGCAGAUGCAAAGAAUGUUGACGAGCUGGACGACAGGCGGUUUUACUGCUGGUAUGCUUCGGUGAAGGCCCAAAGCACCGGCUUUCCGCAGCAGGCCUCUCCCGGAGGAGGAGGACAAGCUGCGCAAUCAUCCGCGGCCGCUAGUGCUACAGGAGGCGACCAGAACGUAUGCCUGCUACUUCCGCGACUAGAUCUGGAAAAACGGCCGGUAGGACCGGAUCAGGCGGGCUACAUCAAUCGAGUGCUCCUGCCCGACGGAGACUUUCACGGGAUGCUCCUAAAACCUCCUCUAUUGCGCGCGCAGACCCUUCCGCCUCCUAAAGUAGGCGCUGGAGUUGGAGGAGAAUCGGCGCCAGGAGUCGCAGCACCGCCGAGAGUUUCGAUGCUGGAGACGGAGCACGGGCACCAGCAGCUACGAUUAGCGGGAGCACCAUCAAGUCCGGCACAAGGUGUCGGGUCUGGUAGGGAAGCAUCGAGCCAGAAUACCCCCACAGCAGCUGGGCCGCCGCCUACUGCGCCUUUAAAGGCAAGCAUGGAAGAACAGAAAGAGCGAAUCCGUGAAGGUGGUCGUAUUUUACGAUCCGACCCGCAAGGUGGGGAUCUGAUCACGUUUUUUGUGAAUCGACACAACGUCUUGUCCUGGUACAGCAUGAACUGGCGCAAUGAAGCACACAAGGUGGACCGCGCCAUCAUAGCGGGGCUCGCAAGAGCAGGCAUCACGCACACAAAAGAGUAUUUGCCUCGCCCCAACUUUGCUGGUCAGCAGCAGCAGGCUGGGAAAAAGUUUGCGUAUCCAGCGGAGGCUGACAUCCAGAAGCAGAUUGAAUGGAUGCCACGCCUGUACGAACACUACCCCGGCAAGUACGUGCCAACUUUCAUGAUUCUAGUUUUUUUCGUCACGGUCGCCUUCACUGCACUGGCCGUCCUUACUUUUCAUGCCUUGCUCAAGAUACCACGCGUGUGGCGUCAUUUCCAUAGCGAGGAAUAGCUAUCACAACCAUGAAAGGGAGUGAGAAGAAACUCCUGAAUUAGUAUCUGGAAUGGCGCUCACGGCCACGGCUCCGGCUGACGUAGACGCGGGGACGUCUAGGUCUACUUCGGCAGUGGCGUGACGUCCUUUUGGUAGGAAGGAUUUGCGUGGUGAGCGUUUGUCGUGUCUACAACUAGUGAUGCAGCCUUUACCACCAGGAGAAGACGAAGCACCUAGAAAAUUUUUUGUUUCGUCGCUUCAAUAAGUAUCACUAGCGUAAUGAUUUACUGUUGAAGUUGAACACGGCGGCUGGUUAGCACUAGCACUGUGGCAAGGACGAGUACAGCAUAUCGUUCUUAACUGGCGUGAGGUACUUUGAGUUUGGUAUGAGCUCCUCACGCAGCAGCGACUAAGUAGAAUCUUUGAAACACGCAAGGAGUAGCGGGUGCUGGACCUCGUUUGCGUCACUAUCAUUUUCACAGUAUUAUCGAAAUACACGGAACCGUCGCUAUUUAGUGGCGAGAGUAGAAAGAUGACCAUGACGCAGUAAUAGUAUAGCUAUAGAUUACGAUUGAGACAUCGACUGAGAAUGAAGUUAAUGGAUUGAUAUACUUAUGUUUAUGUAUGAAUGUAUUUCUUUGAAAUUAUAGUUUUUUACUCAUUUUUUUAUUACAACUACAACACAGCCGAAUCAAUCUCCAUCGUCUCGUCGUCGUAUUCUUGUAAGGUUUAUUGUUGUCUUUUUCUUAGUUAUCUUUUUUUUCCGAAUGAUCCUUGAUCAUGGUUCAGGAACACCAACACUCAAUCGGUAGCAGUACCUAUUUUGCUCGUUUUUGCAUGCGAGCUACAGAAACCAAGACAUAUAAAAGACAAGCUCAAAAAUGGCUUGGAUCGAGCGUUUACUUCUAUGACGAGGUAUUUUGUCUUGUUCGCUACCAUGAUCGCAAGAUUCAUCAACACCAAGAACCGCAUUGUUUUGUACACAACAGAAAGCAGGUGAUUCAAGACCACUUAGGAGGACUUGAUGAAAGGGGAUUUCUUCGUGCCAGCUUAGUAGACUAAAUGUUAUAGUUAUAGGACGCACAAAACGAAAAUCGUCCUAAUCAUGUUAUAAUUUGCGUGGUAAUCCUAACCUGGGAUUUCGACCACAAUCUACGACGAUGGUAAGAUUGUAGAAGUGAAGUUUGAAAGCUGAACAUCAGAAUGCUGCAGUUGUUCAUAUUCAACUGAUGAUUGACGAACUUGAAGAAAAGUAGAAAUAUCAGCACAUUGAG